CACAGAGUUCAUCGCCCCACCGUAAGUAUGCUACAUCAACGCCGCAAUCUUUGGUAAUGAUGGUUUCAAGAUAAUAUUGUACUGAAUUUAUUCUACAUAAAGCACUGACUCUUUAGUGAGAUCAGGCGCUGAAGUCCAUCUCCGCCCUUCCUUCCAGACUCGAUGUUCUCCAGAAUCGAUAGUACCGAGACUACUAUCCCAGAGUUAACCAACAGCGAGGUCAAGGACAUCCGCCAAUUCCUGGAUAGAUCAUUGAACGAAACGGUCAUGUGUGCAUUAUUACACGGAUUUUAUACCGGAGUAGUGGCUGUAACGAUGUGGACCCUUGUUUCGAGAAAAAACUGUGGAAAUUCUCGCAGGCCACGCUUCUUCAUUGUCAUCAUCUUACUUUUAUAUGCCAUGGCGACUUUUAUCCUUUUCUUCAACUGGAUGCGGUGUAGCCAAUAUUUCAUUGCACAUGGGCAAAACUUCUGGACGACAUACGAUGCCUACACGCAUGAAUCCAUGCCAAUGAACUUGAUAGAGAAUAUUAAUGCUGCUCUGAGCACUCUCCUGGCAGAUACCACUUUGAUUUGGCGUUGUUGAAAUGUUUGGGGACGGUCUUGGCGCGUUGUGUUCAUUCCGACCAUCUGUACUACUUUGGCGCUCAUCACUAGAGGAAUUAUACUCUACGAUGAUAUUUUCGGCAACGUACCAGAUCUAUCGGAUCUUUUCGUGCUGAACUCUGUCGACUGGGCUGUGCUUUAUUCUUCACUCAUCUUGGCUACCCUAUUGUGG